AUGGCUAAUCUCCCUAACUUGCGACGUCUCUUUGUCGAGGCUCGAACAGAGGCUGAGGAGAACGAGUACUCCCGAACGGCGUUCUACAACCUCGUUCUAUUCAUGUCUUCCGUUGCAGUCUUCAGUCUGGUUGCACAAAGAAUGAGCGGACAGAAAGCCUCUCGAUGA